AUGAAGCUGAGCACAUCCUUGAUUCUCGUCGCUGCUCUUGCGGGGACCUCAGUGGCAGCGCCUACCAGGUCUUCUGCUCUACAGGCUCGACAGCCGGAGUCUGACUCUCUGACGUUGUUGGCUUCUCAUCUUUCGACGGGUCAACUCACUCAGUCCGAUCGCGAACUCCUGAACAGGCUUCUGGUGACGGCUUCCCUCAGCAAACGCGAUGAAGCGGGCACAUUCAGUGAUAUCGGUGGCACCAUCGGCAGCAAUCUGGGAACGGGCAUCGGCGCCAUCAUCGAUACAAUCUUCGGCCUCUUCAAUGGCGUGUUGAACAGUGCCGCCAAUAGUGCCUCUGGCGGUGCCCAGGGCAAUGGCACUGGACUCAAUCUUCCUCUGAACGGCACUACUGCCGGCUCCUCAGGAGGCGCAGUGCCCAGUCUGAGCCAGUUGCUGAGCAACCUCGGCAUCGACGCCCAGGGAAACAUCAAUCUGAAUGUCAUCAUCAACAGGCUGGGAAUCACUCCCACGAAUCUCCCCGACAUCUUCAGACAGCUCGGUGCUGACUCGAACGGCGUUGUGCCUUUGAGCUCCCUGCUGCAGAGGCUUGGCCUUGGCAGCAACAUUGGAAGCUUGGACUUGAGCAACGUCCUGGGCAAUGCCGGAGGAUCAGGUGGCAAUGGCACUCUCAACUUGAACAGCCUUCUCAGGGGGCUUGGACUCAACAACAACGCCAUUUUAAGCCUUCUCAGAAGCCUCGGUGCUGAUCAGAACGGCAACAUCUCAGCGGCCGGCCUGCUCAGAGGUCUUGGCCUCACAGGCCAAGGAGAUGUUAACCUUGGCUCGAUCCUCCAGGGCCUCAAUGGAGCUGCUAGCAGGGCGGGCGUAGACCUGAGCGGCGUCUUGAAUGGCCUCACUGGCAUUCUCAACGGCCUCGCCAGUGCUGUCCCCAGUGGCACAACGACAAACACACCUGCUCCUGCGGGCAGCAAUGCCGCGACAGCCAUUCCGGGCCUGAAUAAUGUUACCAACAGUGUUGCGGAAGGCAUUUACAGGGGAUUGUUGGGAGGGCUGGACAACGCAACGAUCCAGGACCUCAUCGGCAUCAUCCGGAACGCCAGGGGCAACCCGCAAAUUGCUACUAUCAACAUCGAGCUGUACGCUUCCUUGCACGGCCUCGACCCUAACCUGAUCUUCCAGAGCCUGAAGAACGUCAUGGCUCUCGGCACCUCAGACGACAGCCUCGGCAGCGUGCUCAAGGAUUCAAACGGGCUCUUGGGCGGCCUCAUAAACGCUCUCGACGGCUUGAACACCGGCAGAGAGGGUCUUCCUUCGCUCAGCCCGCCGGGUAUUCUGGGCGGACUCGUGCCCGGAACACUUACAAACGUCACCAAUGGCACUGGCACCGUUACCAACGGCACCGCCACCACCCCCCCGAGACUGACCACACAGGAGCUCCAGCAGCUGCUCGACUUUGUCCGGAACGCCACCAGCCAGGACCUUGUUACGCAAGUCGUCAGCCAAUUUGCUGCCUCGCACGGUUUCGAUCCCGUCCAGCUUGCUCGUCUUCUGCAGACUCUCUUGGACUCCGGCAACACUGUCAGCGGCAACAACGGUACCUCGAACGGCAAUGCCCCUCCCAACGUGGCACCUGUUCUGAACGGAACCCUUGGUAACUUGACCAGCAUUCUCGGAGGCCUUGCCAACGGCACCAAUGGCGGCAUCAACCCGGGCGGCGGUGCUCCUGGUUCUCUGCUCCCGAACCUCGGUGGGCUGAACGGCACUCUCCCGAAUUUGACCAGCCUUCUCAACGGAAGCCUUGCAAACCCCGGGGCCCUCGGCGGCCUUGGUGGUCUGGGUGGUCUGGGUGGCCUCGGUGGCCUCGGUGGUCUAGGUAGUGGCCUCGGUGGUCUAGGUACUGGGAACAAUUCGACGGGGGGUCUUGGUAACUUGACCUCCAAUCCUGCUGCCCUCCUUGCUGGACUUUUGGGUGCUCUUCCUGCCGGAAGCCUAGCAAACCUGACUGGAGCCCUUGGCAACCUGACGGGGCCUCUUGGUUCUCUGCCUGCCGGAGGACUAGGCAACUUGACUGGACUUCCCACUGGAGCCCUCGGAAACCUGACUGGGGCCCUUGGAAACCUGACAGGAGGUCUCGGCUCUCUCCCACCUGGAGGUCUGGGCAACUUGACUGGGCUUCCCACCACUGGAGCCCCUGGCAACCUGACGGGACCUAUUGGUUCUCUCCCCGGAGGCCUAGGCAAUCUGACUGGACUCCCCACUGGAGCCCUGGGCAACCUGACGGGAGGCCCCGGCGGUCUCCCGGCUGGAGGUCUUGGAAACUUGACCGGAGCCCUCGACCCCCUCGUCGGCAACCUGACAGGCGCCGCUGGCAACCUCACCAACACGAUCGGCAACCUCACCGGCGGCGGUCUUCCGGCCACUCCAGGAACCGCUGCACCAGGGAACCUGACAUCAGCUAUUUCUGGUGUUAGCUCCAACCUGGGCUCAGCUGCCUCUGAUAUUGGUUCAGCGGCCUCCGAUCUGACCUCAGCUGCCUCGGGGUUGAACAAUAUCGCGUCCGGUUUGGGUACUGCAGCGGCCAACCUGGGAUCUGCUGCCAACGGUCUCGGAUCGAGCGCUCCUGGAGCAGGAUCGGCCACUCCCGGCGCAGGUACAGGUGUCCCUGGCCUCGGAUCACCACUCGGCGGCCUCGCUGGCUCAGGCCUUGGAACUGGCCUGAAUCUGGGAUCCAUCAUCGCCGGCCUAGGCUCGACACUCUCCGGCGUCGGCUCAGGCAUUUCCGGACUCGGCGGGGCACUCGGGGGCGCGGGAUCCCCCGCUGCCGGCUCAGCCCUACCCGCCGCUGUCCUCGGAUCUGCUCUGGCCGGUGCUGCUGCGGCCCCUGCCGCCGCCCUGGGGGCCUUGAUCAACUCGACGCUCGGCCUGCUCCCGUCCGUCGCCCUGAACGCGACCCUCUCCGCAGAGCUCGGCGGGCUUCUCAACUCCACAGCCCCCCUCGGAUUGGGCCUGGGCGCCAACCUCGGCCUCGGCGGUGGCCUCCUCAACACCACAGCCCCGGCCCUUGGAUUGGGCCUGGGGGCCAACCUCGGCCUCGGCGGCGGACUCCUCAACACCACAGCCCCAGCAGCCCUCAAACUGGCCGCAGCAGCUCCUCAAUCCAACGGGACAAAACUCGUCUUCCAUCCCAGCGAGUCUGAGGAGGAGAGCUCUUCCCGGUCGAACGUCAGACGGUCUCGCGCUGCGCGAGGCAGGGCUGCGAUUCGCAAGGGCAACGCUGGAGCGGCUUAA